AUGUCGAACUCGGGCGCCUCAGUGACGACGAUUCAGCAGCAUCAGCAGCCGCCGCAGAGUGUAAAUUCCUUUCUGCUCUCGCUCUCGCGUCUGGCCGCCUCGGCGCAACCCUUCACGCCCACUCCAGCCCCGGCCACAAUCAAACUGAUCAAUAGCAUUCACCACAAUCACAACCACGGCUACAACAGCAGCAGUAGUAGUGGUGGUGGUGUAAGCAGUACAGGUGCACCUACCAUCAACAACGGCGGCAGCAGCACCUUCUUCGGGCAGGCGUCGUUUGAGGAAUCUUCAGCGUUGAAAACGGCGACGACGACGGCGGCCUCCUUUGAGCAGCAGUGCUCGGCAGCAGCCCGUCCGAGGCCAGCAGCAGCAGAGUCAGCAACGGCUGAGCACCAUCAGCAACAGCAACAACAACAGCACCACCACCACCAAGUUCCUCGAUAUCCGCAUCGGCAUACGUCGAUCUAUGACUCUUUCGACCAGCAGGCGCAAACUUCUAGCACAUACCACCACCACCAACAACAACAGCAGCAGCACCAGUACCACCACCAUCUACAGCCAAGACAUCACCAUCAGUCACCUUCUUCCACCACCGCCAGCAGCAUUGGCUUUCACCCCAGCUUGGUGCAGCAGCAGCCACAACAACAGCAACAGCAGCAUUCAUCAGUUCAUCUGCAACCGGUGAAUACAACAACAACCAACAACAGCGGCCACCACCACCGCCACCAGAACCGCAGUCACGUCAGUCAGCAGCUGCAGUUACCGCAGUUGCCCCUUCACUUUUCCCUCAUCCACCACCAGUUUAAUCAUUUGACGCUGGCGGAGAAGGAGCGUUUCGAGCGGCUGUUCCGGGAGAUUGACAUCAACGGCAAUGGCUUCAUCGAUUUCAACGACCUAGUGCACACGCUAGAGGCGAAGGGAAUCAGAGCCACGCAUGAUAAUGUCAAGCAUCUCAUUGACCGGUCAGACCGGAACGCCGAUGGCGACAUUGACUUUGCGGAGUUUGUCACCUACUGCCUGGAGAAUGAGAAGAAGCUGCACGUGCUCUUCAAGGACAUUGACCUCAACGACGACGGGAAGAUCGACGAGUCGGAGCUGGUGCACGCCUUUGAGCGGGCCGGCGUCGAGGUGGACCAGGCGGAGGUGCUCAAGCUGGUGCACCGCAUCAAGGAGAAGAAUGAUCUGCUGAAGAAUGGCGAGGCGCUGGAGCUCAACUUUGAGGAGUUUCGCGACUACCUCCUCCUCCACCCCACCGACUCGCUGCAAGACUUGAUGAAGUCCUGGAGGCAUGGAACGUUCGUCGACCUGGGCGAGGACGGCCUGAUGCCGGUGGACUUUAGUGAGAAUGAAAUCAGAUCAGGCAUGUGGUGGAGACACUUGAUUGCCGGCGGAGUGGCCGGGGCUGUCUCGCGGACGGCUACUGCACCUCUUGACAGACUGAAGGUUUUUCUUCAGGUACGAGCCGAGUUCAACGGUCUGGGCAUCUGUUUGCGGCACAUGAUCGCCGAGGGUGGCGUUAUCUCGCUGUGGCGUGGCAACGGCAUCAACGUUCUCAAGAUUGCCCCCGAGACGGCGAUCAAGUUUAUGGCCUUUGAUCAGAUGAAGCGGUGGAUCCACUCGAGCAAAUCAGCGGGCGAUGACAUCACGGUGAUGGAGCGCUUUCUGGCCGGCUCCGCCGCCGGCGCCAUCUCCCAGACUGUGAUAUACCCGAUGGAGGUGCUGAAGACGCGCUUCUGUCUGCGCUCCACCGGACAGUACUCCGGCCUGAUGGACGCCGCGAGGAAGAUCAACGCACAGGGCGGCCUGCGCAACUUUUACCGCGGCUACGUGCCCAACCUCCUCGGCAUCAUCCCCUACGCCGGCAUUGACCUGACCAUCUACGAGACACUAAAGAAGACCUACCUGCUGCACCACAGCAUGGAGGAGGCGCCCAUCUUCGUGUGUCUCGCCUGCGGCACCAUCAGCUCCACCUUUGGGCAGAUUGCCAGCUACCCGCUGGCGCUGGUGCGGACGCGCAUGCAGUCAGAGCUGGGCUACCACCGCAGCUCCAUGUACGGCAUGUUUCGCAGCAUCUACGCAAAGGAGGGCCCCAAGGGCCUGUACCGCGGCAUCACCGCCAACAUCAUGAAGGUGGCGCCCGCG